AGCGUGCGCGCGGCUGAAACAAAGUGCUUAUCAGACUCAUCAGAGAAGGGAUGGUCAUCCCUGGUUGACACCUCCAUUCCUGAACAUACCAUCUAUGCAAAUGAAGGCGAACUGCAGGAGGUGUGAGGAUAUAAAAGAUGCUCCCCGCCGUGGAAAGACAAUUCCCCCUGGACUGCGACUAUCCUGCACGUUUUUUGCACACUUUGCCUUGUUUCUUGUGCUUACAGCUUCAGCGCACGGAUUUGGAGGGAAGAUGACUUUCUACGAUGACAUUUACCCAUUCUACCCGCUACAAAGAACCCCGUUCAUAUUCAGCGGCAGCCUGCUCGCUGUCAUCCUGGUGUUCCUGACGCUGCUUGUCACCUUGCUCCUCAUUGUGCCCGGGAUACGUGGCCGAUCGCGGAUUCUUUGGACAUUCAGGAUAAUUAUUAGCUUAUUCAUAGGAGUGGUUAUAGUUGCUCUAAACUUCACCUGUGACUGGGCUGAAGGAAGGGUGAAGGCCAACACUACUUACAAAUCCUUCAGUAAUGUUGUGGUGAAUGCUGAGGUGGGUCUGCACGUGGGCCUGUAUGGAAUUAACAUCACACUCAGAGGAGAUCCUGUCGUACAGUUCAACGAGACCAUAGACUACAAUGAAAUGUUCACAUGGAAUGGUGUCAUAGAUGAUGAUUAUUCUGAUGCCUUGGAAAAAGGUCUUCCCAACCCCAUCCUGUACAUUGCUGAGAAGUUCACCCUCAAUAGCCCCUGCAGUCUCAUCUAUCAGUACCAGUACUCAGGCAGAUACGCCUCGGCCACCCUGUGGACGGCUUUUUGCUGUUGGAUAGUGGCCAACAUCCUCUUCUCAAUGCCUGUCAUCCUCUACGCCGGCUUCAUGAUGGUUGCAACAGCGGCUUUUAUCUUCUUCUCCUUGGCCUCCUUUUCCACAAUUUACAACAUCCCACAGUGCAGCUUCUCUAUAGGCACGGAAUCCUUUGAACCUGAAUAUAGCCAUUCCUUCUGGUUAGGUGUCGCUACUGGUUUAUUGUGUACAGUGAUUGGUAUUGUAGUGAUUCUGCUGGACUGCCUGAUCCCAGAGAAGAUGAGGGAAGCUUUCAGUGUUGGGGUGGAUGAGGAUGAUGAUAAUGACAUGUACUCAAUAUCAGAGGGCUACAUCAACACUAGCUUCCUAGAUGGAGCAAGUUUAGAAGGCGUGACUGUAAAAAGAACGAACCAAGAACCACAGCAGAUCUCCACUUUAACUAAGCUUUGAGAAACCAACUGAAGCUGACAAGGCCAUUAUUUCCCAUACUUGAAAAUCACACAUCCUUCAGAAUGAAGCCUUUUUUUUUUGCUGGGGGUUGCUGUAAAUACAAAUGUAAACAUUUUUU